AAGGCGAUCAUUUUUACGACAUAUCCUCAUUGUCGAUACUUUUCUCUACCUGAUCUUGCUGGGUGUUCCUUUUACGCGCUUCGUGCACAUGAGUAUAAGCUCGUCACGCGCUUCGUCGAGUCUGCCACAAACAAGCGAAACAGCCGACGGCAUCACCACAACGCACCUUUCCAUGCAGAAACGAAAGACUGGCAUUUUGCCAAUGACCGAAGCCGAUCGGAACGGCCGCAAUGCUGCGUCCAAUAGAAGACUUCGACACAAACAUGUCCAGACAUCGGAUCUCGUGGGUUUGGGGAAACUGAUGCUUGGCAUUCUGGCUCUCGGAUUGAUAGUUGUGGUCUGGCAACGAAAGUCUCUCGUCAACGAACAGGAAAUAGGCGGUCCCAUCAAGGUGGGCAACGCGCCGGUAGAUAUAGACGAUUCCCUACGCGAGCAUCCCCUUCAUCGGUACGAAUCGCUACAGUAUGCACUUGAUAACUCCAAGAUUGUUGCCCUUUACUUUGCGGCGAGCUGGUGUCCCAUGAGUACACCCGUGACCAAUCUGAUUCACGAUUAUUUUGACGAUAUUCUGUUGCCACCACCCCCUACGAACAAUGCUGCAAGCAACAGAAGACUGGCGCAACGACAUGGAUUAUCCCUUGUUCAUGUAUCGUCUGAUGUGGACGAAGAGUCUAUGCAAAAGUACAUUGGAAAGAAUUGGAUGGCUGUUCCCUACAACAGCCCGGAUCGAAACGCCCUUAAGGAACAUUUCAAAACCUGUGCAAAACGCGAACUGUCCGCCUUGGGAUUCAAACGCAAGCAUGAAAUACCGACCCUUAUCGUAAUUUCGGGGACGUCACACGAAGUGUUGACCUUCGAUGGUGUACGCGAUGUCCGAGAGUAUGGCGCCCAAGCUGUCGAUACGUGGAUGGAGUUGGCCAGUCUCUCCGAUGCGUUGUCCUCCAAGUUUAUAUAG